AUGGUCCUGAUGGUGGACAGGGUGGCAAUGGAGGUGGACAAAUGGCAGACAAUUUUGGAUCAGUUUCAGAGAGAUUGGGAGAGUGGUGGACCUGAUUUUCAAGCAAUUAUAAUGCUUCGGGACUAUAUUGAUGUGAGGAUGCAACACAUACCUCGUGGAGGUGAUAGGAACCAGAAUUAUGAAUUAAGGAAGAAGGUGAGGAAGUUAUCCUUACCUUAUUUUGAUGCUUCCGGUAAGACUACAGCACGAGCUUGGGUCCAAAAGGUGGACACUUACCUGCAGUUGAAUCCUAUGAUAGAGGAGCAAGCUAUUAAAUAUGUUGCUAUACAUCUUGAUGGAGUUGCGCACGAGUGGUGGCACCACAGUAUGGUGACUAUGGGGCAUGGACAGAUUACUUCCUAUGUGGAGUUCAUAGAACAGUUGAUUGAGAGGUUUGACACAAAGGAUCCUGAGUUACACUUCAAGGAGUUGGCACAGCUUAGACAGUGGGGAUCAGUGGAUGUUUAUAUUUCAGAAUUUCAGCGGUUAGCAGUGCUAGUGACUGAUAUUUCAGAGAGGAGACUAGUAGUCCUAUUUAUGGGCAUUCUUUUGGAUCCUUUACGAGGUUGGGUCAAGGGACAUGACCCUUUGACAUUGCAGGAAGCCAUUAAAAAGGCUAAGGACUUGGCACCCUCAUCUCACAAGAGUAAAUUCAAGUCUAAGGAUCCAUUUUAUAGGAGGGACAAGGAUAGGAAGAAAUCAAAUAAGGAUUCACAUCAGCCACGUGAGGACACUAAAAAAUUAGACAAUGACACAUUGAAUGAACUCAGGAGGAAGAAACUAUGUUUCCAUUGUAGGGAGCCUUGGGAUCCUUCACAUAAAUGUCCCCUUAAGGCUAAGGCUAAGCAGAUAGAAUAUUUUUCAGCUGACGAGACAGCUGAAGAGAGUUCAGAUAGCACAUCUUCUUCAGGGGACAGUGAUAGUCAAUCAGCGGCUAGGAAGGAUAGCGGUGAUGAUAGGGUAAUCGCACGCCUGUCAGGUACUCAGAAAUCUAUCACCUUUAAGGUGCAUGGUGUAAUUCAGGGGCAGCGAAAAAUUUCGAAUUUGUACAUGUGGAUUAGAGAUUAUGAGCUGGUUGAUGAUUUCUAUGUUGUGGAUAUGGGUGACUAUGAUGUCAUUAUUGGCAUGGCGUGGAUGACUUCUCUAGUUGAAUUUACAUUCAACUUGGAGAAAGUUGAGAUGAGAUUUGAGCACCACGGCAAGAAAGUGGUACUCUGUGGGUUAUCAGAUGGUGGACUUAGAGUGGUAUCACUUAAGCAGAUGGAGCGUUUGAUUCAUCAUGACCAGGUGCAAUGGGCUACAAAGAUAUUGGUUAUGCUAGAGGUGAUGGAUCAGCAGAAGCAGGAAUAUCCUCUGGAGGUUCUGUCUUUAUUGACCAAACAUUCGAAAGUGUUUGGUGACAUUCCUCCAGGUAGACCUCCUGACAGGGGCAUUGAGCAUGUUAUAGAAUUGGAGGAGGGUGUGAAACCUGUUAUUACUACACCUUACAAGCACCCAAAAAGGUAUAAGGAUGAAAUCAAGAAGGCUAUCAAAGAGCUUCUCAAGAUGGGACACAUCAAGCCAAGCAAGAGUCAAUUUGCUUCUUCAGUGGUAUUGGUAAAAAAGGAUGACACUUUCAGGAUGUGUAUUGAUUGCAAGGAGUUGAACAAGAAAACGAUAAAAAAUAGGUAUCCGAUUCCCCGUAUUGAUGAACUUAUAGAUGAGCUACACAGUGCCUAUUACUUCUCCAAAAUAGAUUUGAGAUCCGGUUACCAUCAGAUAUGGGUCAGGGAGGAUGAUGUGGAGAAGACAACAUUUAGGUGUCAUUAUGGGCACUUCGAGUUCUUAGUCAUGCACUUUGGCUUGACUAAUGCGCCAACAACCUUCCAGUCUUGUAUGAGCAGGACAUUCAGGAAUCAGUUGAGGAGGUUUGUGUUGAUAUUUUUCAAUGACAUACCUAUUUACAGCAAGAAAAACAUAGUUGUUGAUGCCUUAUCCAAGAGACCACAUUUGUGUGCCUUGGGAGUGUUGGAGGAUGAUUGGAGGGAAUUGAUUUCAGCAGAGUAUGCAAAAGACAAGUGGGCUACUGGUAUCAUUGAUGGCACUAUUCGGGAUGACAAGUAUACCAUAGUGAAUGAUUUGAUCAUCUACAAGGAGAGAAAUCUUUUAGUGUCGGGUUCUGCUAUGAAGCAGAAGAUCUUGAGAGCUUUCCAUGACUCACCAUUAGCAGGGCAUUCGGGAUUUUUCAAAACUUACAGGCAGCCCCUACCCAUUCCUGAGAGGAAGUGGGACAACAUAUCGAUGGAUUUUAUCAUGGGCCUACCCAAGGCUCAAGGCAGGGAUUGCAUGUAUGUAGUGGUGGAUCUGUUGACGAAAUUUGCCCAUUUCUUUGCUAUUACAUCCACCUAUACAGCAGCUCAGACGAUAGAGUUGUUUUUCAUAGAGGUAUUCAGGUUGCACGGGUUGCCACGUAGCAUUGUUAGUGACAAGGACAACAGGUUUAUGAGUAAUUUUUGGCAAGAGCUUUUCAGACUGUGUGGAACCGAGCUUACACUGAGCACCAGCUACCACCCGUAG